AUGGCCACCGCCGCUACUUCCGUCACCACCCCUCCUACCAAGGUGGCUCCCGCCGUCAUUGUUGGCGGCGGAAGAGUGGGAAGGGCUUUGCAAGACAUGGGCACCGGCAAAGACCUCCUCGUUCGCCGAGGAGAGUCCGUGCCCCUCGAUUUUGAAGGCCCCAUUUUUGUGUGCACGAGGAACGAUGAUCUCGAGUCUGUGCUUCAAUCUACACCUCCUUCUAGAUGGAAAGAUUUGGUAUUUUUCCAGAAUGGAAUGGUGGAGGAGUGGCUUGAGAGGAAACGGCUGAAGGAUGCAAACCAAGUGUUGGCUUAUUUUGCUGUGUCGAAAAUUGGAGAAGCCCCUGUUGAUGGAAGGACUGAUACCAAUCCUGAAGGACUCACUGCUGCAUACGGAAACUGGGCUUCUGUUGUGGCUGCAAGAUUAAAUGCUGGAGGCCUCUCUUGCAAGGUUCUUGACAAGGAGGCUUUUCAAAAGCAGAUGUUGGAGAAGCUUAUAUGGAUUUGUUCUGUUAUGCUUGUUGGAGCACGUCAUGGAGGGGUUUCUGUUGGUGUCGUGGAAAAGGAAUUCCGCACAGAACUGUCUAGCCUUAUAACAGAACUAGCAUCAGCUGCAGCAAGUGAAAAGGGGUUAACAUUUGAAGAAGCCAUGGAAGAGCGGUUAUGUGCAUAUUCCAGAGCCGUAGCUCACUUUCCCACAGCAGUUAAGGAGUUCAAAUGGAGAAAUGGUUGGUUUUACUCUCUCUCUGAGAAGGCUACGGCCCAAGGCAAGCCAGAUCCAUGCCCUUUGCAUUCCCACUGGCUGAAAGAGUUGAGAAUUGUAUGA